AUGGUUAACAAGUCCAUGCGGUGCGCGAACAAGGCCGCUGAGAGCGCGUCUGCACGUCUCUGUGCAUACGCCGAAGCAGAAACAACAGCAACUGAUGUCCCAUCGGUUGCUGAAGCGUCUCAGCCUGUGUCACUUGGUGAUGCAGGCGCUCGUCGUGAUAACACUCAUGUCUUCACAGAGUAUGAGCCCGGUGUCUCGUACUCUCCUGAUACGGAUGCCGGAUCUGCAUCGAAGGCGGUUGAAACCAAACCGCCUGCCAAGCGUGGCAUGGAUGAUGCUACGCGUCGUAGCAUCUUUGGGUCGUCUGACGAAUCAGACGAACCAUCGCCAAAGCGAAGGCGCUCGAGAUCGCAAGACUCAUGCGCUCACAGUGGUGUCGGUUCUCCAAUUGAAACCACUUUGCAACGAGUUGCCAGUACUUCUGUCGGCACAUCGCAGGAAGAUCGGGAUCGUAAUGUCUUGCGUCUCGCUCCUGAGAAGAAGGCAUGGAUGCCUCCUAAAUCAGUCAUGGAUCACUUGUCGGCGACGACGAGUGAUCGUUAUCGAACACGGUUGUUCGAUUCAUCAAGGAUCCAUCACCUUAACCCCAGUGCGAAAAACUAUCGCAAUAAACACGAGUUCUUCAUCGAUGCUUUCUUAUUCAUCGAUGGUCGUGACGUUUGGAACGACAAACUUAUCAAAGCUCGUGAUAAGUUUGAGAAGAGAACCCCGACAGGUGCACGCUAUAAGCUGCAUCGUCUGUCUAAGAUGGGUGGGUUACCCUGUCUCUCCUGGGGAGACUCGUGCCCAUGUUGUGUGAACAACUCUGCGCGCGCACAUAAGGAGGCCUACCUCCUUACUAGCCCGUGGUGGCGCGUACGUAUCUCUACUGAGAUGUACGAAGGGAUUGACAACUUGAAAUCCCUUGAUGACCGUGUCGGGAAGACUUUCUCCGGCGGUCCUUCUGCGGCACAGGAUGUGCCGCGUCGCACUGCUCAACCAGACCCAGUACAUCAAUCAUCAGUUGGGAGCGGGGCUCCCAAGAAUCCCAGGACGGGGGAUAACCGCGCCACCGGACGAGGUAACUCGUUCGACGUCCGUUCAUAUCGCGGUGGUUCAACAGCCGCUCAACCAGAUAGUGCUGGCCACCGCGAGAGUCCUCUAAUGGAGGUGGAGGAGGAGGAAAGACGCUCUCCACACAAUCAUGUGGAUCGGUGUGUUCCCGAGAGCUUCUUUGAUCGCGUAACUCUUGCGUUACGCGGCGACCUCGAGCAUGAGCGGGACAGGCGUCUUCAACUGGCGGACACUGUCUUGAAGCAUCGAGCUGAGUUUGCUUUUGCUCAGCUUGAGAACGAGAGAUCUCUGACAUCUCUGCGUGACGAGCUAAGGGUAGCUCGUGGGAUUGUUGAUCGGUCUCGGGCUGAGAUAGCUGCUCUUCAGACCCUAGUCGAUAUCCACCAUCGGGAGCACAAGGCUCUCUGUGUGAGAUGCUUGAGCGCAAGGGCGUUCUUCAUUGGAAGAAGCAGCGUACUGAUGGUACUGCUUAAGCCGACCAACGUAAAACGUGGGAUGCGUUCGCAUCUUACGUGGCAGUGCGAUCGUGUAUGCAUUGCCUAG